AUGUCCAUCAUCAUAGCUGGUCCUUCCUCCAAACCUGUCAUACCGUUCUACUGCGCCAUCUGUACUCUUCCAACAGAGUAUUGCGAAUUCGGACCUUCCGUCUCGAAAUGUAAAGCCUGGUUGGAGAAAGAGGAUCCCGCAGAGUAUAGUAGGUUAUGGGGAGAGGUAGGCUCUUUGACAGCUCGUAUGGGAACCCUGUCAGUAGAAAAACAAGAGAAACUCGAAGCGGAUGCCGCCAAAGCAGAACGGAAAGCAGAAAAGAAAGCAGAAGCGGAAGCUAAGAAGAAAGAGGCCGCGAAGAUUACUAUAAAACGUUCUGAACGUACUCGUAGAAAACAUCAGACACACAUACAUGGUCUAGAAGCUUUCGGGGUAGACUUGAAAAAAGCGGCAAAACUUUUCGCUGGGAAAUUCGCGACUGGUUCGAGCGUGUCGAAGAAUCCUCAAGGUGAAGAAGAAAUUGUUAUUCAGGGAGAUGUGGGGGAUGAUAUAGUGGAGAUGCUACAAGCUCAAGUUGGAGUGUUGAAAGGUGCACCGGCUGAUCAAGUCGUUAGGGUGAGUCUGCCCAUUCGAUAUUGCUCGAUUAUGAAACUGAUCAGUUCAGGUCGAGGAAAAGAAAAAGAAAGCUGA